GAAAAUUUAUAACAGAAUAAGGAAUAAAUAAGAAAGUUAUUGAUAUCCAUUUACAAUUUGAGAAAAUAGAAAAGUGAAAUUCAAUACUGGAUUUUUUUUUUUGAGGAAAGUUGCUACUGAAGAGCAAGGUUGAGACUAGAAAUAAUCCAUAAAUUCAUAACAACGAGUGAAAACCGCAAAGCUUUUCUAAAAAAAGUUAUAUAUGCUCAUUCAUUGUGCAAAGGAAACGAAUAGAAGCAAAUUUAAGUAUUUUUUGUUUCAAACGGAAGUGUGGAAAAUGUAAAAUUAACAAACUUUCUUGUGGUUUUUUUUCCGUGGAUAUAAAAACCGAAUAAUAAGCUAAAAUUAAAGGCGUUAUUUUCGUAAGGGAAAAUCUUUAUAUCGAUUUUACAGCUAUUCUUCCCUUCAUCGUGGUGCUGAAUAUAAAACAUAAAAAUUUAAAUAAGAAAGGUAUUGUGAGAGGCAAAAGGUGGAAAAUUUAUAAUCAUAAAAAAUGUUGUGGAUACUGAGACGUACAGGAGCUGUCAAUUUCUUCAAUUCAAUCAAUAACAAUUAUGUGGGAAGAUCAAAUUCUGUCAAUUUCUAUAAUGGCAGUGAUUCAGGUAAAAAUAUCUCGCGACAACGCUUCCGGUAUGGAAGACUGAGUGUAGACUCUGAUGACCAAAAUUACAAUCAAAAUGAUGAAAUCACUAACGGUAUGCUUGGAGAAACAGGCAAUAUUAAAUUUGCGUGCUGUGAUGAAAUGCGAAGGAGCCAUUGUAAUGUUGACAAAAAUGGAAAUGGAAUUGAUUUGGAGAGUGACAGCAGAAUAAACAACUUUAAUACAAAUACGAAUAACAAUAAAAUGGAUAAAAAUAAUAACAAAUUGUAUAAAAGUGAUAAAAAUGGUGAUCCAGAAAAUGGAAAAUUCAAGAAACAAAAUGACCAAAAAACUAUAAGUAGAUUGCAAGCAAUAGGAAUGGCCGAUGAUGAUGAUGAUGAUUUCGAUGAAUCACUAUGUUGCAAUGUAUGUGAUAGAGCUUUUCAGUGUCCUCGACAGUUAGCCUCACAUCAGCAAAAAAAGAGGCAUUUUGGAUGUGGAGGAUGUGAUACAUUAUUUCCAUCAUUAAUGUUAUUGGAGCAUCAUAAGGAACAAUAUGAGCAUUGGAGCGAUUCUGAUGAGUAUCAAUCUUGUUGUCGACGAAAUCGUCGAGAUGAUUGUGACUUUUCCGAUUCUGAGACGUGCACGAGUGACGCAGAAAGCGAAGACUUGGAAAGACUUUUGUAAAUUGGUUUCUUAAUCUUUCAUUAUCAAAAACUAAUUAUCGUGAUGGCAGAAAAGGGGAAAAGUGAAAGAGAAAGUCAUAAAAGUUUUAGAUCUAUUUCAAUUUAUAUGUCAUUUACUCCGUUGGAUGAUUCUCUUACUCUUAUUAACUUUUUUUGCCUUCACAUAGACUCAUUUAGGAUUUAAUGAUGGCUAUUAAAAAAUUAGCAAAAAAAGCGCAAAAGAGAACACAUUAAAAGUUCUCGUUCAUAAUCCAUAUCCUUUAUAUUACGGCCCAAUGAGAACAAAACAAAAUGACGAUUAAAUAAAGAGAAAAAUAUAUAAAAAGCUAGAAGAGAAGUAAGAAAUAAUGUAAUUAAUUUUUGACCCUUUUUGGAAUUAGAAAACGAAUUUUCUCGAAGCUUUUGCGAAAGCCGUUUUUAUAAAACUUACCUUCAUUCAAGUGUAGCCUUUAACUCAUAAAGCUUUUUGCUUGCUUUAAUUAUUUAAGUAAAUUUUAACUUAAUAAAAU